UGGAGGACCAAUCGAGUUUUUCCCCACUGAAAGCCAAUUGGCUAAGAGCCUCCCUGUUUUUGUGGGUCGGCCAGUUCUUUCGUCGAUGAGGAUGGUGCCAUCUACUUUAAAAUAACCUACUCCCCCCGCGCGAACCCCCUCCUUAUUUUAACCGUGAUGUCGUUUGUUGACUCGCCUUACUAGAUGGUAGUGAUUAUUUUUUUUGCUGUGCUGUUAUUCAGUCGGUUCUUUUUCACGCUAAGAAAAAAAAGGGGGGGCUGUCAAGAGUUUUCCAAAACUUGAUAGGCCCUUAUCCAUGUUUCGUCUCCGCUGACUAGUCAAAACGAAACGCAAGCUAGCUGACGAUUCCUGGUAGGUUAAUGCUGUUUUCUUCAGCCGCUCGUUAAAAGCCCGUUUGGACCAUAGAGACGGCGAGAUGGAAGGAAUUUCCCCGAAAGCAAGCUGUAAAUAUGCCCUUCUUCAAGAUGGCGGAGCUUUUCAUAUAAAGUGACUUUAAACAGGAAUUAUGGCAGCUUUGGAUAAAAUAAAAGCAAAAAAGACUCUGGGAACUGUUGAUUAUGUAGAAUCUUCUGAAUUUGCACAAGGAAUUCUGCCUACAAAGAAGGAUGUCAUUCAAAACAUGUUGUAUUUGUUGCAUCCAAAAAGGGCUGGUCAAGCACAACGAUCCAAAGAAGAUGCCGCCCAAUUGCUUGCUGAACUUUUGCAGGAACACUGGUUGUUUUGCAAUCUAUAUACCAUAGCAACACACAGCAUAAAGAAGCAUAUUCUGAAAGUAUAUGAAGAAUUCUCAAAGUUAUACCAAUCCAGAAAACGAAGAAAAAAUGAACUGUUUAUUCAGAAAGCAGAUGACUUCAAUAGGAGUUCAGAACAGCUUUUUGAUAUAUUUUGUACAGACACUGUUACACGAGAGAAAUUGGAGCAGUGCAGUGGUGUUAAGAUGACAGAUACUGAAUGGAAAUUCCUUGAAGAUCAGAGGAAUGAGAGAAAAAUGUACUUUGAGGACUUUGUGGACAAAAAACAAAUGGAAACAAUAGAAAGACGGAGAAAGGUUGAGUCAUUAGAGCAUUUUAGGAAAAUUGCAGAGGAAGAGAAAGAAGCUCGUAAGCGGAAAGAAAUGACUUCAAACAGGGAUGAACAGCCAGUUGAAGAUGUUAAUAAGAAUAAAGAUGACUCCUGUCUUGAAUACAACAAGGGAAUUGCAGGGUUUUCAGAUAAAGCAAAAAGAAAGCGUCUGUCACCUUGUUGGGUAACUGGGACAGCAACUUCAACCACUUACAAUGAGUCAGUUCCUUCUGAAAAUCAGCAUCUACGUAUGAAUAUCAGAAAAGUCAGACCAGGAUUCUAUGAGACUUUUGACAAAUACAAGAACUGCUAGUUUGAUAUCUGAACACUCUAGUGGAAUUAACUUAGAUCUUAAAGUACCCAGAUUAUUUGGGAGUUGGUGUAGAUAAUUAUGUUGGGCUCCGUUAUUUUGCAACAGCAGCACCAAAAGGAUUGGUUAAAAUAGUCCAUGGAAAAAGUUAAGAUGAUAGUCAUUUAGUUUUAUAGCAAUAUUCACAAAGAGAAAAUAUUAGUUAUGAAAAAAAUAUAACAUUUGCAAAAAUCUGAAGUUCCAGUGCUUAUAAGCUUAGAAAAGUAGACAUGAACAGGUUACAUUCCAUGAGAAUAAUGUAUGCAUUUCAAUAAACAGCUUAGAAAGAUAAUGCUUUAUCCGUUAUGUACAGCAUUUGAAUCAGACCAGGCAUACUAAAAACCUUUUGCUAAAAACAUAAUAUGAAGG